AUGACAGAGCCCAGACGAGAAACGAUCCGUGGACGGGGCAGAGGCAGCUGGCGGCGUUCAAGGAAAUCGAGAGCUGACGCCGAGCCGAGUGCGCCAGCUGUAGGACCAUUAUUGUCAACAAUCACGAGAGAAGAUCUUGACAGCAACAUAACCUCAUCUUCUGGCAAAGAGUUUUCCAUGAUCACAGACUGCAGACUGGUAGGGUCUUACAACUGGCUGAACCGGAAGAGCCCCACGAUCCUUGUCCCAGGUGCCCCUCCAGAAUGGACACCCACAGGCACAUCGGAAAGAUUACCGCAGGAUAAAGGAACGUACUUUCGCGAUCAAAAUUCAGCUAGAUAUGCCGCCCAUGUUUUCCAGCCCGCAGCAAAUUCGAUCCUCAACCAGGACCCAGAUUUCGACUUCACCCAAAUUGAUAUCGUUGCUUGCAACAGUACAUUAGGUAAUCUACGUCGAUUCAUCGCAGAGCCAGACAAACAAUUCAGAUUCAUCGUGGAGGCGGUUGGCUCGACAGUCUUUUUUGUGCGACGCGAGAAUUCGCCCACGCAGGCUUUAUCCAACGUUGUUGGCUUCGGACAUACAUUUCCAGAGGCGAACACUACCUGGGGUUCCGACGUCAAAGGGUCUGAAUCGCAUCAGCGAAUCCUCCAGUAUCGUUUUGCGGGCCUGUCCUGCCUCGUCCGUUACGGAGGCGAUGGGUACCUUCCUCAACUUUAUCAGCCUCACGGUCCGCGACGAGAGCCCGCGGCGACUGCUCCGGAUGAUUUGCUCGCAUCUUUCAACCAGGUCUCAGUCAGUACAGUCAGCCCUGAAGGAGAGCAAGCGCUUCGCGUCGAAUCCGGAGGGGAACUAGUUCCGCAGUCUGCCAUGUUCGAUCUGAAAACCCGGAGCGCGACGAAGCAGUAUUCGAAUAUACUGAGAGACGAGCUUCCCCGACUAUGGAUCUCACAAAUUCCGAACUUUGUCGUUGGCUUCCACACGGAUGGGGAGUUUCACGAUGUACGCGUCGAGGAUGUUCGUGAAGAGGUACGAAAGUGGGAGGAAAGGAACGAGGUCCAGUUGCGAAAACUUUCGACUCUGAUGAAGCUCCUGAUCGAAUUUGCUGAUGGCCAGCCAAACAGAAGAUUUGAGGUCGUAUACAAUGGGACGGACGGGAACGGCGAGUUAGAAUUGAGGGAGGUCGGGGACGAGGUGAAUUGCUGCCUUUCGGAUGUGAUGAAACGCCGUUGGGCAGCGGGAUAUCUUGAUGGGAGAGGUAAAGAGAAGAAGGAUGAGCGUGAGGAAGUAGAUGAUGCUGGGCAGAGUAAACACAUAGAGCGGGAGGACUCAGAAUGGAGUGGAGAGUCGGAGUCUGAGAAGGAUUUCACGGCCUGCUCUGCGUCUACCUGCGGCUACUGCGGCCACUGCGCGUACUGA